CUCAAGGAUCCGCCCCCCUCAAAAAAAAAAAAAAGCUCAAGGAUCCGGCGGACGGCGGCGAGAUGGAGAAGGCGCGUGCCAUGACAUCCACCGCACCUACCGCCGAUUCAGGGACGCCGUCGAGACUACCAACGCCCCCGUGAAUAUGAUCUUUAAGCGGCGGCGGAUUCUGGUGGACCUCGCCGUCGCCGGCCGGCCGGCUGGCUUCCCCGACGCCGGUGGUUGCUGCUUUAAACAUUCAAGAAAGCAGAUUGGCAGAUGCCCACACCUCAGCGGCUCUCUUCUCGCAUCAAAGGAGCAAAACGAAGGCAACGAUGCAGGGAGAAGUAGAGCCUUAGUUUGUAAGCAACCAUCCAACAUGAGCUAGCUUGAUCCCAUCUAGGCAGGAGAUUCCCCUUGUCCUCCCGCUUCCCAGCAGGAGAGCAGACCACCACUGCACAGCGGCCUUUUUGUCGCUGCUUCUAUAUCAUGCGAAGGGCAUCCCAUGAUGUGAGAAGUUGGCUGCAGGGCAGACCGGCUUACUACCCGGCCCUCUUCAGCAGGGACCUAUGAUUGAUUGGUGAGCUUACCAAGCAAACUGUCUCACGGUCACUGAGUGAGAAUUCGCAGGUUUAGACACUAUGGCGACAGUUUUGGAUGGUCUCGUUUCAAGCUCCUUGAGAAAGCUGACUCAGCUUCUUGAGGAGGAGGUUGUCAUGACAUUAUAUGUGGGAAGGGAUAUCAAGAAGCUCAAGCAAAAUCUGGAAUGCUUCAGGGCAGUUCGUCAGGAUGCCGAAGAUCAGGCCAUGAGAGAUGCAUCGAUCAAUUUAUGGUGGAAGCGCAUCAGCGAUGUCAUGUUCAAUGUUGAUGAUGUCAUAGAUCUUUUUAUGGUUCAUUCACAUAUGCGACAUAGAUCGUCAUCAUAUUGCUUCAUGUUCUCUUGUUUUGCAAAGCUUUUGGAUGACCACAGGGUUGCUACAAGAAUUAGGAGCAUAAACAUAGAGCUUGAUGAUAUUAGAAGGACAUCAGAGAUGUUCACCCCUGGGAUACUCAGAUCUCCACAGCCCCAGAUAAAAAGUGUGAAUACAAGCCAGACUGCUCCGAUAGUUGAACCAGGGCUUGUUGGAGCAGCUAUCAGACGUGACGUUGAUUCCAUUGUAGAUGAGAUUCUCACUAGGUGCCACAAUAAGGAGCCAAGUGUUUUGGGGCUUGAAGGAAUGGGAGGCAUUGGCAAGACAACAUUAGCUCAGAAGAUAUAUAAUGACCAGAGGAUACUAGGGAGAUUCCAGAUUCAUAUAUGGUUGUGUAUUUCUGAGACCUACAACGAAACUGAGUUGCUAAAGCAGGUGAUACGGAUGGCCGGGGGAAAUUACGAUAAAGAAGAGAGCAAUGCUGAACUUUUGCCAAUUCUAAGGGACACCAUCAAAGGAAAGAGUGUUUUUCUUGUAUUGGAUAAUAUGUUGCAGCCUGACGUCUGGAUCAAUCUUCUUCAGUCGCCUUUCUAUGGAGCCUUGAUUGCCUGCAUUCUUGUCACCACAAGAAGCAAGGAAGUUUUACAAAGAAUGCAUGCAGCUUACACUCAUUAUGUAAAAAGAAUGGGUGAGGAUGAUGGCCUGAUGCUGCUUAUGAAGGAUUCCUUCCCACCAUCGGGUAGUAUAUUCAAGGAGUUGGGGCGUGCAAUUGUAAAGAAAUGUGAUGGCCUUCCUCUUGCUAUAAAGGUUGUUGCUGGUGUUCUGUCCACCAGAAGAACAGCUGCAGAAUGGAAGAGCAUCCGAGAUAGCAAAUGGUCUGUUCAAGGACUUCCCAAAGAACUUGGAGACGCCCUGUAUUUGAGUUACAGCAACUUACCCCCUCAACUCAAGCAGUGCUUUCGCUGGUGUGCUUUGUUGCCUCCUAAUUUUGUAAUCCGUCGCGAUGCUGUUGCUUACUGGUGGGCUACCGAAGGUUUUGUGAGGGAAGAGCAUGUUAACUCGAUCUACGAGACUGCUGAAGGGUACUACCUUGAACUAAUUAGGAGAAAUCUUCUGCAACCAAGACCAGAGUUUAUAGACAAAGGUGAGUCCACUAUGCAUGAUCUCUUGAGGUCACUUGGACAACAUCUGGCAAAGGACCACUCCUUAUUCAUGAAUGUGAAAAAUGAUCACUCCUUAUUCAUGAACGUGGAAAAUAGCGGAGCCCUACCAAAUCUGCGCCGCUUAGGGAUCAGCAAUGCUGUAGAAGAAUUGCCCGCUUUACAUGAUCACAAGUGCUUGAGGACCCUCGUAGUUUUUGAUAACAAGAACUUCAAGUCAGUUCACACUGACAUCUUAGGGAUGCUGCAGCAUAUUCGUGUCUUAAUUCUCUGUGGAACAGGCAUCCAAUACAUACCAGAAUCAGUGGGAAACUUGGUACUGCUGAAGUUACUCGAUCUAAGCUUUACGGAAAUUAAGAAACUUCCAGAAUCCACAGGAAACCUUAUCAGCCUCGAAUACCUUCGUUUGUGUGGUUGCCACGAGCUGCAUAGCCUCCCAGCUACAUUAAUGAGAUUGCACAAGAUAAGUUAUCUUGAGCUAGAACAUACUGCACUUGAUCAUGUUCCAAAAGGGAUUGCAAAUUUUCAGCAGCUCUACAACCUAAGAGGAGUUUUUGAGAGUGGGUCUGGGUUCAGAUUAGAUGAAUUGCGACGCCUCCCCAAUAUCCAACGUCUGUGGGUCGAGCAACUGGAGAAAGCAGAACCACGGGGUGAACUUGUACUGAAGAACAGUUCUCUUAGGGAACUGGGACUCGGCUGCACAUUCGGCAUGAGUACUCAUGAUAGAACUUGCUACGAGGCCAAUGAGAUAGAGAGGAUUCAGAAAGUCUUUGAUAUGCUUAUUCCAUCACUAAGCCUAGUAUAUAUUUUUCUUGUUGGUUUCCCGGGUACAAUGUUCCCAGAAUGGAUACGUUCAGAGCCAGAGCUUCACAUGCCAAAUUUGUGUCAUAUGCACCUCUGUGAUUGCAUGUCAUGUUCAGAGCUUCCACCAGCAGGUCAGAUACCACUACUGCAAGUUCUCAAGAUUGAAGGUGCAGAUGCUGUUAAGACCAUCGGGGCAGGACUCCUGGGGAGAGGAGUCGGAAGUCCCCCGGUCUUUUUCCCAGAUCUUGUACUGCUUCUGAUCAUUCGGAUGUGUAAUUUGGAACGUUGGUCCCUCGAUACUGGGAAUCCCUGUGAUAACAUAGAGGGCAAUUCUCAACACCUAUCUCUGAUGCCUAAACUUGACCGUCUGCUGCUUCUUGAUUGCCCAAAACUGGAAGCUCUCCCUCCGGGCUUCUUCAAAAACCUGAAGAGAAUCCAUAUUGAAGGUGCUCACAAGCUGCAAGAAGUUGUCGACCUUCCUGAAGUUGUGUGGCUGAAGGUGAAGAACAACUCAUGUAUGAAGAAGAUCUCCAAUCUCUUCAAUCUGCAGGACCUUUUUGCGCAGGACUGCCCAGCACUGGAUCAGGCAGAGAACCUACUCUCGCUGAAACGUGUGUACAUGGUUGGCUGCCAGCACGAGCAACAGUUCAAGAGGUGUCUAGUCCCGGGAGAAGAACAAGGUGUCCUAGUCUAUGUUGCAGCAGAUGGCCAUAAUAUCUUUCCGGAUGAAUCUCUCUACAGUUAGACAGGACAAUACCGGGGCUUAUGAAAAAGAAGGCUAUAAGUUGAUAACACUCAAAGAUUAGACCCUUUUUUUGCGGGCUGCUCGAAAGAUCAGAUUGAUCACACACACACACACGCGGCCUUUGCAGAACCAGCUGUUCGGUGAAUUCAUCAGAAUCCUUCAUCGUAUAUCGUGAAGUGGGAUGCGACUCUUUGAUCUGAGUCGGAUUGUCGUACAAUUGAAGGUUUCUGUUAUUGAAUGCUUGGAUGCAAUGUUGUUGAUUUGUUUCCGUUACAUUUAUUUUAGUCAUGGGGUUCAGGUGAAUUCACCUACAGCUGAUGGACGAUUUGUUGAAUUUUAAUUCCUUUGGUUCAUGGUUCAUGCUAUUUGGAUUGUAAUAAUAACUGUAACUGAUUUUCCAAUGUUUUCUUGUACUGCCACUCUUUGAGUUAUAAAAAAAACGUCAGAGAAAGUUGAACAGAUCUCA